UGACAUUGUUGACAUUUAUUAGCAAGACAAAUUCUUCAUCACGAAGUUUUUUUCAUAUAACUGCUAAUAGGGCUGUUUAUGAUAACACUUAACUAUAUUACGUCAUUAAUAAAUGAGAGCGUCAUUGUUUAUUGUCUAAUUAGGUAUAUAAUGUGAUAGUAUUUUACAAAAUAAGUGCUGUUUGAUGGGCGAACGACAGAGAACUUUACGAACCGAAGACAUGGCUACGACCAGUACAGCGGUGACGACGGUGCCGCCACAGACACAAGAGGAGUCAGUGGAGCGCGUGGCGGUGAUCACGCUCCGGCCGACGCGGAAUCAACAGCGGAAGAAGGUCGUCUGGACUGACGACACCAUCGACAAUGAGAAUAUGAACAAGAAGAAAUCUAAAUGUUGUUGUAUAUACGAGAAGCCGCAUCGCUUCGACGAGUCCGACUCCGAAGACAGCGAUGACGAAUGUGAGCACUGCUUUGGGCACGUCGAGCGAAAGCACAAGAAACACCACACGGGCACAGUGACAACAACAGAAAUACAGGAGACGGUGGAGCAAACAGCAUCAAUAACGCUCCAGCCGAGCGAGCCUGCGCCCGCGCCGCCCGACAGGCCGCCGGCGAACACCACAUAAAACAUGCAAAACAUACUAAUACAUAUUAUCAUAUUACAAACGAGGCAACCCUAUUCGUGACAAGUAAACGGAAAUCAUUAAAACGUUAGUGAGAAUGCUCGAGCAGCCGCGUGCAGCGGGACCCUGGGCGGAGGUCUAAGACUCCAUCUUGAUAUUUGAGCAACCUUGACCUCCGAAAGCUAGCAGAGGGGACAGCAAGCGGUUUGCGCCCAACCAAACUUUAAAACGCCCAGUACACUACAAUGCGUUAUAAUGACGUGUCUGUGCCAUAUAUGUCAUUUUAAAAUAACCGUUUUUUUUUUUUCAAAGUUCUUCGGGUAAUGAUGUAAUUUAUAUUUUGUAAAUUUUACAAAAAUAUAUUUAUUAUUAAGUAAUUUUUAAAUGCCAACAUAUAUAACAGUUUAGUAAUGUUACUUAUAUAUUGUUAUUGAUAAUUUAAAACUUAAUCAUUCAUAGAUGUCGAGGAUUGUACACGCAGAUGAUUACGGCGCUAGAUUGUCUAUGAAUACUGUGCACCUUUGUUAUAAUGUACUGGUGUUCCAAUAGUUUUAUGGUAUUUUUGUCCCUAAUAGUUAAAAAUACAUACUUAAUUAUUUUUAAGUUCAAAUAUUAAAUAAAUAUAUGAAAAGA